UAGUAGCUCACGUCAAAAAUGUUUGCCAAAUCCAGCCCAGAACUUCCACACUCGCAGACAAGAACACACGCAAGCUUUUACAUCCGCCAGCAGAGCAAGCAAACAAAAAAUAGAAGGAACCAUGGCCAAAAAGGAGGAACCUCUCAUGGAAGGACCCAAGCGGCUGAACCGCGAAUUAGCACUGAUGCUGGAGGACAAGCAGAACCUGCAGUUCCGCAACCUCUUGGUGGAGCCGAACAACAUCUACAAGUGGACAGGACUACUGAUGCCGGUGGCGCCGCCUUACGAUAAGGGAGCCUACAAAAUGGAGAUCGACUUCCCAAUGGACUAUCCCUUCAAGCCGCCUCGCAUCCAUAUCAACACGAGGAUGUACCACCUGAAUGUCAAUGAGCGCGGCCAAGUGUGCGUGCCCAUUCUGGAGAUCGAGCAUUGGAUCCCCACCACUCGGAUUGACCAGGUGCUGCAGGUGCUGCUGGCCACCAUCAAUGAUCCCCAGCCGGAGAACGCCUGGCAGAUCGAGAUGGCCGGCGAGUACCAAAACGAUCCGGUGCGCUUCUUCAAGAUGGCCGAUGCCUGGGUGCAGAAGUACAGUGAACCCCGACCCACCGAAGAGGAGCUCGCCAAGUUCGCCCGCAAGCGCAAGAAGGCGAUGACCAAGAACUAGGGGUUCUACUGUACUACACUAAAUGUAAAUGAUGACGUUAAUGCAGUAAUUAAGGCAGCUAUCCUUGAUGUCCUGAAAUAGGCAAUCUAGAUAA